AGGCAUUUUGAGUGGGUGGUUAUGCCUUUUGGCCUCACCAAUGCCCCGACGACCUUUCAAGCGGCAAUGACCAACGAGUUUCGUGCGAUGUUGGACCGGUUCGUGCUGGUCUACUUAGACGACAUUUUCAUCUAUAGCCGGUCAUUGGAGGGUCAUCUUGAGCACCUUCGACGAGUGUUGGAGACGCUCCGCCGCACCAAGUACAAGGCCAACUGCGACAAGUGCGAAUUUGUCCGGCAAGAGCUGGAAUACUUGGGCCAUUUUGCCACAGCGGAGGGCAUCAAUCCGCUAUCGGACAAGAUCCAAGCCAUCCAAGAGUGGCUAGAGCCGCAGAAUGUCACAGAUGUCCAUUCGUUCCUUGGCCUUGCCGGCUACUACCAACGUUUUAUCAAGGGAUUUUCGAAGAUCGCGGCCCACUUGACCAAGCUUCAAUGCGAGGAUCGACUGUUUGACUUCGGAGAGGAUGCGCUGCGCGGGAAUCAUUUUUGGCUCUCAAAGCCGCUCUACUCGACCUUCGAGAUCGGCGACGACCUGCGGGACAGCUUGAUACGCGGCUACCAAGCCGACCCCGAGUUUCGCGACAAGUAUGCGAAUUGCUCCUCUCCUAAUUUGGUGCCUUCUCACUACCGGAUCCAAGAGGGGUACUUGCUUGUCCACACUCGGGGGAAGGACCUUCUUUGCGUACCGAGUGACUCUCAUUUGCGUACACGGCUUCUUGGCGAGUUCCACGAUGCUCCCGCCAGCCUUCUUGACGACAUCACACGCUAUUGCGAGUCAUGCGAGGUUUGCCAACGUUGCAAAUCCCGCAACCAUCGUUCGUACGGCGAGUUGCGACCGUUACCAGUCCCCUUGCGCCGAAGGGAAGCGAUUGCCAUGGACAUUAACGAGUUGUUCCCCAAUCACAAGACCGGUGUGGAUGGGAUUCUCAUGGUGGUCGACCGACUCACCAAGUUCGCCAUGUUCUUGCCUUGCCGCUAUCAUGCCAAGGCACCGGAGUUGACCGAGGUAAGUUCAUUUGGUUCAUCUUUGACGGCGGCAGUACCAGCUAAGCAGGAGAAGGGAGGGAGGCAGAGGAGUCAGAAGAGGCAGAGGAGGAGGAGGAGGAGGAGGAGGAGGGGCGGGGAAAUAAAUGCAAUGCACACCACAGGGAAAGGACGGCACUGGCGUAAGUGUCAAUCGCCAUGCGGCAAUGCGAGCACCAUCUCCAUGGGGAUUGUAAUGAUUUUCAGUUUUGUUUUUCUUUGCCAGUUGUGGUUCUCCGCACUUCUAGUCCCUCUCGAGGACGAAGACAUCAUUCCUACAUCUCCGAUGGAAAACGUGCUCCCAGAGUGGAGGGUAAACGAGCAAUUGGAGGUUGAGAACAGGGCCUCUUCAGAUCGAGUGGGUGCAACUGGCGCGCUCUCCGGUGCUACAAACGAGGCCCAUGCAGGUGCUACGUAUCCAGUCACGGGUGGUAAUUUGUGGAAGGUGUGGCAGCGCUCCGAGUGUGGCAGAGUGUUUGGCAACGGCUUCCGUCACAUUCGUCCGAGUUGCGGCAAACAUCUGCGAUGUAGGCAUAAUCCAGAGGUGGAGACGACCAUCUGUGAAGCACGUGAGCUGGCAGUCGACCUUCAACGGAUCACGGUCUCCAAAGGCGGCGAGCCGAUUGCUGCCGUUCUUGGUCAGUCAGAAGAAGAGGAAAUGCCCCGGUAUCGUCGAGGCGCUCUCGCGAUCCCUGGGCACUGCAAUAUUACAGUGACGAACAAGACACACUUCCAAUACAGCUUGCGCGAUAUGAUGAGCAGUAUGGUUUCUUCCGGUCAGAUUGCUGCCUGCGACCACUGGCUGGAGGGCACAACUUUGAUCGUAACGAGGUACGAAUACGCUAACCUAUAUCACACGAUGACGGACUGGUACAAUGCCUACCAAGCUUGGAGAUUUGCUGGGGUCGGUCCAAAAAACAGUUCCGAGACCCAUGUCGUGUUCUUCGAUGGACAUAGCUCAGGGGCACUCGACGAUGGAUGGGAAGUUCUCUUCGGCGUGAAGCCUGUCUAUGUAUCUCAACUUCCUUCGAGAACUUGCUUUCGCCGGGCAGUCUUUGUGCCGCCCGGGUACACCAGCGCAUUGUCAAUUACGUACUACACGACAUGCGGCAAGAGUGCACAUAUCGUCGAUUUCGCGAAACAUCUAUUGACGAAAAUUUCACCGCUGGCUUUGCACCAGAAUGCGACUGGGACAAAUGCAACGGUGCGAAUAUUGCUAAUCUUCCGGAAGAAUUACGUGGCGCAUCCACGUGUCGGUAAGAAAGGCGUGUCGAGGCGAAUCGCAAAUGAGAAGGGACUACUUGCUAUCUUACAGCGUUCAUUUCCUGACACACAGAUUCGUGCGGUGGCUAUGGAGGAGCUGAGCUUCCGCGAGCAGAUUCGAGUGAUCCGCGAUGCGUCAAUCGUAAUUGGCGUGCAUGGCGCUUCGCUGAGUUACACACUUUUGAUGGAUCCGAGAAGUACAUUGAUAGAACUUAUGCCGCCGGAGUACAGAGGUCGGACACAUUUCGCAAUGUUUGCUCGGUACGCGGGCGUCCGAUACGUCCGUGUGCCUGUCCGUAGAGAAAAUAAAAAAGGAACGCAUUUUGUUCCUCCAAAGGUUGUGGUACGCGCAGUGAGAAAUGUGCUCUCCCAUCACUAGAAGAGUUCUGUAUGGUAGAAAUUCAUGUGGUAACUUGUAAGCAGUGGAUUUCUUUUUCUAGUUUUUUUUACUUUUUUUACUUUCGUGAAGUUUUGUCUCGAUUUUAUUCCUUUGAAGGUCAUGGUACACAGUGAGAAAUGUGCUCUCCCAUCCAGCGGCCUAGCUCAGUUGGUUAGGGACACAAGUGGCUUUCACUGACAGGAGGUUGUGGGUUGGCACCCCAUGACCGCCUGCAGCACACUAG